AACGACAUCUCCGAGCGGGAGCAGCGCUGGGGAGCCAAAUCCAUCGAGGGCUCCGGCCGCAGCGGGCACAUCGACAUCCAUCAGCUGAAGAACAAGGUGUCAGAGGAACAUGAGGUCAUCAAGAAGAGGGAGCUGGAGACUAGCCCCAAGGCCUCCUAUGGCUAUGGGGGCAAAUUUGGAACACAGCAGGACCGAAUGGAUAAGUGUGCAGUGGGACAUGAGUAUGUAGCUGAUGUUGGGAAGCACUCCUCUCAGACAGAUGCAGCCCAAGGCUUUGGGGGGAAGUUUGGAGUCCAGCGAGACAGAGCUGACAAGUCAGCAGUGGGCUUUGAAUACAAGGGUGAGGUGGAGAAACACUCGUCCCAGAAAGAUUACUCCAAGGGCUUUGGUGGCCGUUAUGGAGUGGAGAGGGACAAAGUGGACAAAGCAGCUGUGGGAUUUGACUACAAGGCCGAGGCAGAGAAGCACGAUUCGCAGAAAGACUAUUCCGUGGGCUUUGGUGGGAAGUUUGGGGUCCAGAGGGAUCGUCAGGACAAGAAUGCCCUUGGCUGGGACCACCAGGAGGAAGUGCAACCCCACGCAUCCCAAACAGACUAUGCCAAAGGGUUUGGAGGCCGUUACGGGGUCCAGAAGGACAGAGUGGAUAAGAGUGCUGCUGGCUUUGAUGAGAUGGCAGCUCCCACCUCCUCCUAUGAGAAAACAAGACCCCUGGAGGCAGCUUCCAGUGGCACCAGCAGCCUGCGGUCCCGGUUUGAGCACAUGGCCAGGUCGGCAGAGGAGGAGAGCAGGAGGCAGGUGGAGGAGGAGCGA